AGAGGGAUGAAGAUGGAAGGGAACAGAGACGAAGCUGAAAAAUGUAUAAACAUAGCGACGAAAGCCCUCACAGCCGGAGAUAGAGAGAAAGCGUCCAAGUAUCUGCACAAAGCAGAGAAGCUGUAUCCGACGGACAGAGCCAAAGCUUUGUUGGACGCAUUAACAAAGAAUGGGAGCUCAGCGGGUAACGGUGCAUAUCGUAGGAGACCAGGAGAAGGCACCGGUGCACAGCCAGGCGGGGAAGGCCAAGAGUCUGGAGGAGGCGAAUCUUCUAAAGGAUUCAACAAAGAGCAGGUGGAAGGUGUGCAAAGAAUCAAGCGGUGUAAGGACUACUAUGAAGUGCUGGGUGUCAGUAAAGAAGUCAACGAGGACGAGCUGAAGAAAGCCUACAGGAAACUAGCACUCAAGUUCCAUCCAGACAAAAACCACGCACCUGGAGCAACAGAGGCCUUUAAAAAGAUCGGUAAUUCAUACGCAGUGCUGAGCAACCCAGACAAAAGACGGCAGUAUGACCUGACGGGAGGAGAGGAGCCAAGCAGCUCGGGUCACUCGCAUGGAGGAGGAGGAGGCUUUGACUUCCACAGGGGCUUCGAGGCCGACAUCACUCCUGAGGACCUCUUCAACAUGUUCUUUGGAGGUGGCUUCCCUUCCUCAGCUGCACACACCUUCACCAACAGCAGAACAAGCUAUAGCCAACAGACGGACAACCGGCAAGAGAGAACAGAAGAAAGGAACGAUGGUGGUUUCUCAAUGUUUAUCCAGCUGAUGCCCAUCGUGGUCCUGAUUUUAGUGUCAAUACUGAGCCAGAUGAUGGUUUCCCCUCCACCCUACAGCCUCUACUCUAGACCGUCCACGGGUCAGACGGUAAAACGGCAGACAGAAAACCUGCACGUCGACUACUACGUCGCUCGAGAUUUCAGGUCGGAGUUUAAGGGCUCGGCGCUGCACCAGAUUGAGAAAAGCGUGGAGGACGAUUAUGUAUCUAAUGUCAGAAAUAACUGUUGGAAGGAGAGACAGACAAAAACAGACCUGCUGUACGCUGCUAAGGUCUACAGGGACGACAGAAUGCGCAAGAAGGCAGAACUUAUGACCAUGGACAACUGCAGGGAGCUGGACAGACUAAACAACCUAUUCAGAGGAGGUUGAGAUGAAUGCUUUUAGAUCGUGUACAUGUAAAUUAAUAGAUGUGUAUGUUCAUGUUUUUUUAAGAAAGAGUCUUUACACUAGAAGCAAAAACUUACUGAAAUGAUUUAGCUCUAUUGUUGAAGUUUUGAAAUGUCCCUCUCCUUGUAACCCCCCCCUCCCCCCCCACACACACACACACACACACACCACCUUCCUCACUCCAGCCUGACCCCAGGAACCGCCUUGUUACCAAUCUACACACACUGUAGAAAGCCCCAGAACUGUUUUUUCUUCUCUUUUUUUUUUUUUUACUCUGCUUUUCUCGUAAUUUCCUGGAAACAAGAUGGGCAAGGACACUUGAUUGUAAAGGCAUGUGCUUUGAGUAGUGAGAACCCCAAAAAAAUCACGGUUUUAAGAUCAACAAACGGCUUUUGGCAUCAUCUGCUUGACAUAAAUAUAAUCUGAGAGACUUUUUAGGUUUGUUUGGAGGUGCUUGUCCUCCAGCCAAAUUCAUUUUCGUGAAGAACAAAUGAAGAAAAGAAAAUAACGCAGUGCUACUUCUAGCUUCCCACUCACCCCCGGGUGUGGAUGGAGGUCAAUGGAUCCCGAGGAGAUUUCCUGUGAUUUUGCUACUAGAGAACAUUUUAUGUCGUCAUCUUCAAAAUGUGAAGUGGGUUUGGACUAAACUUGGAAGGACAUUGAAACUGUUAUUCAUAAAUGGUUGUACAUUUUCAUUUUUGAAUGUUUGAAAUUUAUGCAGUUAUUUAAGAAACUAUGGAAGAAAGUGAUUUUCUUCAAUGCUCGCCUAAUCAUUUAAAUAAAGUAAAAUUAUUACCAUUGA